AGAAACAAAACUAUAGAUUAGACAAAAAGAAACGGACUCGCUCGUGGCCUCGUGGGCUGGAGCCGCAAGGAACCGCGCGGCCGCAGUACUGUCGAACACCUAGCAGCAGCCAGCCAUGGCCGUCCACCUCCUCACUGCUCCCCGCCUCCACUCAUCCUCCUCCUCUCCGGCUCCCCUCCCUCGCCGCCGCGCCACCGCCUCCGCUCCGCUCGCGCACCCUCUCCUGCUCCUCCACUCCCGCCUCCGCCUCGCCACCACCGCCGCCGUCUCCCGCCCGGUCCCGCGGGCCCGCCGCGCCAUGUCGGCCAUCCGCAGCUCCCUCAUCGACCCCGACGGCGGCGCGCUCGUCGACCUCGUCGCGCCCGCCGACCGCCGCGCGUCGCUGCGUGCCGAGGCGGAGGCCCUCCCGCGGGUGGGGCUCGCCCCCAUCGACGUCGAGUGGGCGCACGUGCUCGCCGAGGGCUGGGCGUCCCCGCUCCGGGGCUUCAUGCGCGAGCACGAGUAUCUCCAGUGCAUCCACUUCAACUCCCUCCGCCUCCCCGCCGGAGGGGUCGUCAACAUGUCGCUCCCCAUCGUGCUCGCCAUCGGCGACAGGGAGAAGGACAACAUCGGGGACACGCCCGACGUUGCGCUCGCCGGACCCGACGGACAACUACUCGCCAUCCUGCGGAGAGUUGAAAUCUACCCUCACAAUAAAGAAGAAAGGAUUGCAAGAACAUGGGGAACAACUGCACCCGGUUUGCCUUAUGUAGACGAGGCAAUAACACCAGCUGGGAACUGGCUGAUUGGCGGUGAUCUGGAGGUUCUGGAACCCAUCAAAUACAACGAUGGUCUUGAUCAUUACAGACUUUCACCCCAGCAGCUUAGGGACGAAUUCGACAAGCGGGGGGCUGAUGCUGUGUUUGCCUUCCAGUUGAGAAAUCCAGUACACAAUGGUCAUGCCCUGUUGAUGAAUGACACGAGAAGACGUCUCUUGGAAAUGGGUUUCAAGAAUCCCAUUCUACUGCUACAUCCUUUAGGUGGUUUUACAAAAGCUGAUGAUGUCCCACUGCCUGUCAGAAUGGAACAACACAGCAAGGUCCUGGAAGAUGGAGUCCUUGAUCCUGAGACUACCAUAGUAUCUAUCUUUCCUUCGCCAAUGCAUUAUGCUGGUCCAACAGAAGUGCAGUGGCAUGCAAAAGCCAGAAUUAAUGCUGGUGCUAAUUUCUACAUAGUGGGCCGUGAUCCUGCUGGGAUGGGCCAUCCAACAGAGAAGAGGGAUCUGUACAACCCAGACCAUGGAAAAAAGGUCCUAAGCAUGGCUCCUGGUUUGGAGAAGCUCAAUAUAUUGCCCUUCAAGGUAGCAGCGUAUGACACAGUGGCAAAGAAGAUGGCCUUCUUCGAACCUUCACGCAGCCAAGAUUUUCUGUUCAUCUCAGGAACCAAGAUGCGCACAUUCGCCAAAACUGGAGAGAACCCUCCUGAUGGUUUCAUGUGCCCUGGUGGGUGGAAAGUUCUUGUGGACUACUACAAUAGCUUGCAAACUGAAGAAGCUGCCAUUGCUGCUGCUAUUGUUUAUUUGGACUUAUGGCAACUGAGAAUCGUAGUGCUUCAAGUAUUAAGUCUUUAGCAUAACAUAAUAUGUGGUAAGUGUGGAUGUCUGGGUAAGAAGUUGGUUCUCAAAAGUUGCAGUAACAAUAAUUAUGCAUCCAGAAAGAACUGCAAAAAAUGUGGCCUGCCCAAGGAGGAAGCAGCUAUGCCAGCAUUAUCAAUGGGAGGAAUGUUGCCAGCUUAUGCGGACUAUAUUGCUAGGGUACAGGGCAUUGCUAAUGCUGGGUAUAAGAUGAACUUCGGGAAUUCAGCUUUGCAGCAGCACCUACUUGCAAGUGCAAACUGGCCUUAUGGGCUGGCUGGUAGAUAUGGUAUGCAAUCUUCUGGUUGGCCAUUCGGUGGCAAUGCUGCAAAUCAGUUCCAAGGUGUCCCAAAAGACUGGCGUAAUGGUGACUGGCUCUGUAGCUGUGGAUUUCACAACUAUUCAUCUCGUACCCAGUGCAAAGAGUGUAAUGCACCUGUCCCAUCAGGCCUUGCCUCUACAACAAUGAAAACCACAGGAGCAGAUGCUUCUUCCACAUUAGGUAAUAAGCGUUUGGCAUCAGAGGAGCUUGCUAAUGACUGGGAUAACAAAAGGCUAAAUCCAGGAAAUGAAAAUUAUCCACUUUCAACAGCAGGCUCAGGUAGAUAUAUGGGCAUUGCACAAGGAGCAGGAAGCAGUAAUGGCCAGACAACUUAUUCUGCAUAUGACAACGGAAGCUCAAUGGCAGCAUCUGCUGGACAAACUCCAGGAAUGCCUGGUCUAGCUGGAAAAGGAGCAAAAUGGCGUGAAGGAGACUGGAUGUGCAGCAGCUGCAACAAUCAUAAUUAUGCAUCUCGUGCAUUUUGCAACAGGUGCAAAAGUCAGAAAGAGUCUUCAGUUCACCCUGGCGCGUUAUAGCUUCCUUGCUUAUGUGAUGUAGUUAUCCAACUGGUAUGGAGUUUCCUGGUUCUCCUACAGCUGAUUAGUAGCUGCACCGCCAGGAUUGUUGUUUGUUUGGGGCUGUGCCCUGCAGUGCUUAUGCUGCUGUUAAAUGUUUGUAUCAGUCUUGUACUGUUCAUGAAAGUUUUCUUUGUCUAUGUUGAGCACUCGAAUAAAAUGUUUUCUGGAGUCCAAGUGUACCAUCUGUGUUUUUGGAUCAAUUGAAUUAGUUCUUGAGUAAUUGGACGGCUAUGUUGGUCUGUAAUACUAGAUCUAUCCCUAAGUGGUAAUGCUGGAUUUUGUUGCUUCCAGAAUUAA